AGCUGUGAGGACUAUCGCCUCUCUGUUUGCCCACCCGCCAUGGGGCUGUCGGAAGCACCGGGCUGCCCAACCGUAGCGAGGGAUGGGGCGGGAGCCGGCGCGACUCCAGCCCCUGCGGGCUGUGCGGAAAGCCGCUCGAGCGCCGUCCGAGGGCUAGCCGGGGGCCGCCUCCCGGCGGCUGUGUGCAGAGGAGCCCCGGCCCAGGAGGUGCGCCGGUGCGGCGCGUUGGGGCCCGGGACGUGGCUGCUAGAGUGUCCAUAGCCAGGGCCUGGGUCCACCCAGGGAUGCAACUGGUGCGGGAAUGUGCGCUCCGGCCCUUCUGGCCGCAGGCCCUACUAUAGGGAGGGGUCAAGGAUCUAAGCCCCUCCCUCCAAGCACGGGUUCGACGGGGGCGAGGGGGAGGGGUGGCGGGAGUGGGAGCCCUUAAAGACCUCGAGUGACUCACAGAGGAGGGGCCACGGGGCUCAAAGAUCUCUGUGAGCCGGCAAUGCCAAGAGUCUCUGAGGAUCGUCCUUGCACCCACUCCACUCCAUCCUCCAACGGGGACAUCCAGGUUAGGGGCCCUUUCCAGGUGAGCUCCUGCCCCUCGGGUGGGAACCUCACCGUAGGUCAGAGCUUCUCACAGAUCAGAACUUUCCUGACAGGUGAAGCCUUUCCCGGCAGGGGAGAGCUUCCCUCCAGACAGCGGGACACACAGGCACUGCUGUCCACAACGCAGGCAAUGGAGCUGAGGAGGCGAGAUUACCAUGUGGAGCGGCCACUGCUGAACCAAGAACAGCUGGAGGAGCUGGGGAGCCGGAGCUCAGCAACUGGGACCCUCCAAUGGCGAACCUGGUUUCGGUGCUCCCAUGCUCGGGCCCGAGCCCUUCUGCUCCAGUACUUCCCAGUUUUGGCCUGGCUACCCCAGUAUCCUGUGCGUGACUGGCUUCUGGGUGACUUGUUGUCUGGCCUGAGUGUGGCCAUUAUGCAGCUACCACAGGGCCUGGCCUAUGCCCUCCUGGCUGGACUGCCCCCCGUGUUUGGCCUCUACAGCUCCUUCUAUCCUGUCUUUAUCUAUUUCCUGUUCGGCACUUCCCGGCACAUCUCCGUGGGCACCUUUGCUGUCAUGUCCGUGAUGGUGGGCAGUGUGACAGAAUCACUGGCUCCAGAUGAAGCCUUCCUGCAGGCCUCGAACUCCACUGUUGAUGUGGCGGCCAGAGAUGCUGCUCGGGUGCAGGUGGCCUCCACACUCAGUGUCCUUGUUGGCCUCUUCCAGGUGGGGCUGGGCCUGGUCCAUUUCGGCUUCGUGGUCACCUAUCUGUCAGAGCCUCUGGUCCGAGCCUAUACCACAGCCGCGUCUGUGCAGGUCUUCGUCUCGCAGCUCAAGUAUGUGUUUGGCCUCCAUCUGAGCAGCCGCUCUGGGCCACUGUCCCUCAUCUAUACAGUACUGGAGGUCUGCUGGAAGCUGCCCCAGACUGUGGUCGGCACCAUGGUCACCGCAGUUGUGGCAGGGGUGGUUCUCGUGCUGGUGAAGCUGUUCAAUGACAAGCUGCGGCGACAACUGCCCAUGCCGCUCCCCGGGGAGCUGCUCACGCUCAUCGGGGCCACAGGCAUCUCCUACGGCGUGGGACUGCAGCACAGAUUUGGGGUGGAUGUCGUGGGCAAAAUCCCUGCAGGGCUGGUGCCCCCAGUGGCCCCCAGCCCCCAGCUGUUCGCAAGGCUUGUGGGAAAUGCCUUCGCCAUCGCUGUGGUUGGUUUCGCCAUUGCCAUCUCGCUGGGGAAGAUCUUCGCCCUGAGGCAUGGCUACCGGGUGGACAGCAACCAGGAGCUGGUGGCACUUGGCCUCAGUAACCUCAUCGGGGGCAUCUUUCAGUGCUUCCCUGUGAGCUGCUCUAUGUCUCGGAGCCUGGUACAGGAGAGCACCGGGGGCAACACACAGGUGGCUGGAGCCAUCUCCUCCCUUUUCAUCCUCAUUAUCAUCGUCAAACUUGGAGAACUCUUCCAAGACCUGCCCAAGGCAGUCCUGGCUGCUGUCAUCAUUGUGAACCUGAAGGGCAUGUUGAUGCAGUUCACCGACAUAUGCUCCCUCUGGAAGGCAAAUCGAGUGGAUCUGCUUAUCUGGCUGGUGACCUUUGUGGCCACCAUCCUGCUGAACCUGGACCUUGGCCUGGCAGUUGCGGUAGUCUUCUCCCUGCUGCUCGUGGUGGUCCGCACACAGCUGCCCCACUACGCUGUCCUGGGGCAGGUGCCAGACACAGAUAUUUACAGAGAUGUGGCAGAGUACUCAGAAGCCAGGGAGGUCCCGGGCGUGAAGGUCUUCCGCUCCUCGGCCACCAUGUACUUUGCCAACGCUGAGCUCUACAGUGACACGCUGAAGCAGAGGUGCGGUGUGAACGUGGACCACCUCAUCUCCCAGAAGAAGAAACUGCUCAGGAAGCAGGAGCUAAAGCUGAAGCGACUUCAGAAAGAGAAUAAGCUCCCGAAACAGGCUGCCGCCUCCAAGGGCACUUCCAUUUCCAUCAAUGUCAACACCAGUGUCACAGACAUUGAGAGCAACGAUGUGGAGGGCUCCAAGGCCAAGCAGGUGAGCGCAGGGACUGAGCUAGAGGAUACAGCAGCCAGGGGUCAAGAAGAUGCCAAGGCCCCAGACAUGUCCUCACUGAAGACCCUGGGCCUGCCUCAGCCAGAUUUCCACAGCCUCAUCCUGGACCUGAGUUCCCUUUCCUUCGUGGACACUGUGUGUCUCAAGAGCUUGAAGAAUCUCCCGUGGUCACGCAGCUUGAGGCGGGGCACUUCUUCGAUGCAUCUAUCACCAAGCAGCAUCUCUUUGCCUCUGUCCACGAUGCUGUCAUCUUUGCACUCCAACACCAAAGGUCCAGCCCCGUCAACCCUGUUUUGGUUACCAAACUCUGACCGUGCUGCCACCCUGCCUGAGACUGCCCACCUCUGGAGGUUGCGACCGGUUACCCGUGAGGACCCCCUACCCCUGGGCUGCCUCCAGAUGUCACCCAGGAGUCCCCUCCGUACGCACGCACAUAACUCAGGGAUGGAGGUUCUGGGACUCCAAGUUCAGUGCUCUAGGCCUGGGAUAAGGCACUGGCCAAGUUGGAGGAGCAUGCAUGUUUUUAGUCUCAGGAAUAAAGAUUUGUUUGCCCAAUGCCAGGCUCUGCUGUGGCUUGGUGGGGCCUUGGCAGGGGCAAGGGUAUAGUCCAUAGCCCUGGCUCCUGACCCUUCUUGUGCCCCAAAGUGGGAAUUGGGGUUGGAAGCUGGGGGGAAAGUUCGGGGAGGGCAGGGUCAGGCAGGGGGAGUGUGGAGCAGGAGGGAGAGCUUCGGGGCUAGGCCCAGGGAGGGGGGCGUCCCAGGUCCAAGUUCCUCACCAGCCAGGCACAGCCCUCGGCACCUGUGUCCUCGGCUGUAAAAUGGUUGGAAUCAGAGCUGUUUCUCAGGAAUGACCUGUUCUCAGGGACCCCUGAUGAGGUGCAGGCAGGCCUGGCGCUACUGGGCAGCCCCUGGAGGGUGUGGUGUGAACACCUGAGCAACCAGCUGAGGAAGCACAGGGUAUUCACAGGUGUUGCCGGUCUGCACUGAGAAGUAAGAAUACGGGAAUUCCCUGGCAGUCUAGUGGUUAGGACUCAACGCUUUCACUGUCAAGGGUGAGGGUUCGAUCGAUCCCUGGUUGGGGAACUAAGAUCCCACAAGCAGCACGGUGCAGCCAGAAGAAAAAAGAAAAGAAAAGAAAGGAAAGAAUGUGCAUGAUUGAUUUACUUGGGAAAAAUGCUUAUUUGUAUAAUUAGAUCACCUGGGCUUUGCAGGUCACCGUCAGCCAAGAACCACGUGUUGAUUUCUACCAUAAAACACCAACAUCUGGGCAUGUGGCCCAGUGGGCAGCAAUGGGCCUUCAGGCCAGCUAAUACUGAGUGACUGGAGGCCAGGGUGGGGGGGUCGAACCUUUCUGGGCCUCCGUAUCCUCAUCAGGAGAGCAGAAAUGGUAAUGGUACCCACUUCAUGGGUUCCUCAAUGAAUAUUAAAUGAGUAAAUGCCACAAACAGCUUGCAACAGUGCUGGGCUCGUGUCACCUGCCAAAACAAGUGAGCCUGCCAUUCGCAGGUCCCGACCAGGUCCUGGGCUCUGUGCUGGACCAGUGGACAGAGGCUGUCCUGCCCUGCAAGUCACAGAGGCACCCCUUGCCUGGCUGUUUCUGUCCUGGCCUGUGUCACUGCCCUGCUCUGUGUUCGCAAAUCAUCUGUCCUUUCCCCACCCCCAAAACCUUGCCCAGGAAGUCAGGGCCCUUUGUCACACUGCCUCCAGACACCAGGAACAGCGCCGGGCACAAGGAAGUGCUUGGUAACUACUGGUUAAGUGAUCCUAUGUACUGGAGUGGAAGGUAAACCUCAAACGUGAACUUGCAGAUACAGGCAGACCUUGUUUUAUUGCACUUCACCGAUACUGUGUUUUUUACAAAUUGAAAGUUUAUGGCCACCCUGAGUCAAUCAAGUCUUGGUGCCAUUUUUCCAACAUCAUUUGCUCACUGCAUGUCACUGUCACAUUGUGGUAAUUCUCAAAGUAUUUCAAACUUCUUCAUUAUUAUUAUAUUUGUUAGGAUCUAUGAUCAGUGAUCUUUGAUGUUACUACUGUGACUCGCUGAAGGCUCAGAUGAUGGUUAGCAAUUUUUAGCAAUAAAGUGUUUUUUUAAAUUAA